AUGGCACGUCAAUUUGUUGUUGUUGCUCUCGUCCUCUUCGCCGUUGUCGGCUUCGCCUCCGCUGCCGUACCUGCUGAAACUCCCAAGGCCGGUGCUAAUAAAACCGAGGCUCCCGGCGCCGAUGGCAAGAUUGGGAACACCACCGACGGGGCCGCGGCUCCCGGUGGUAGCAACGAUACCGUUGAAGGCCCAGUCGGUGGACCUGGCGCUGCAGGAGCUUCCUCUGGGCCCGCUGAAUCACCCAAGAGCGAUGCCUCCACCGUGAAAUUUUCAUUUUCCGCCGUCGGUGGUGUGGCUGCUGUUGCCGGCGUUUUCUUGUUCUAA